AUGGCUAAGUUCAUCAAGUCUGGUAAAGUUGCUGUCGUUGUCAGAGGCAGAAACGCAGGUAAGAAGGUUGUCAUCGUCAAGCAAUUCGACGAAGGCACCAAGGCCAACCCAUUCCCACAUGCCAUUGUUGCAGGUGUCGAAAGAACUCCAUUAAAGGUUACCAAGGGUAUGGGCGCCAAGAAGCUUGCUAAGAAGACCAAGGUUAAGCCAUUUGUCAAGUUAGUUAACUACAACCACUUAAUGCCAACCAGAUACAACUUCGACGUUGAGCCAUUCAAGGCUGUUGUUUCCGCUGAAUCCCUCGCAGAACCAUCCCAAAGAGAAGAAGCUAAGAAGGCUAUCAAGAAGGUUUUUGAAGAAAGACACCAAGCUGGUAAGAACAACUGGUUUUUCACCAAGCUCUCUUUCUAA